AUGAAGCUUUUUACCAUUCUGUCAGGUGUUGUGUCGCUGGCCGCCACAGUCUUGGCUUAUUCGAACCCUCUUGCUUGCAGUGGUACAUGUACCAACGCUCACGAUCCUUCGAUUGUUCGCCGUACCGCUGAUGGAACAUACUUCCGUUUCUCGACUGGAGGUGGUAUUGCUAUCCACACUGCUUCCAGCAUUCAGGGCCCUUGGGUCUACAAAGGUCAAGUCCUGCCUAAUGGUGCCAACGUAGCCAACUCUGGCAAGACCGACCUUUGGGCUCCUGACGUGACCUUGGUCGGCAACACCUACUAUCUCUACUACACUGCCAGCGCAUUCGGCACUCAAAACUCUGUCAUCGGUCUUGCAACUUCUUCUUCCAUGGAUGUCGGCAGCUGGUCCGACAAAGGCUCCACCGGUAUCUCCUCGGAUAGCUCCAAAUCAUACAACGCCAUCGAUGCCAACCUCAUCAAGGUUGGAAACCAAUACCUCAUGAACUUCGGCUCCUUCUGGCACGAUCUCUACCAAGUGGAGAUGAACACCACUCCCAACACUGUCAACUCGAACGCUGGACCCAGUUACAACACCAUCUUCCAGCCCAGUGGUACACACGCCGUCGAAGCAGCAUACAUGAUCAACUACAACGGUGGCUACUACUUGUUCUUUAGUGCUGGCAGCUGCUGCAACCUCGACAAGAACCGCCCUGCCCCUGGUGAUGAGUACAAGAUUAUGGUCUGCAGAUCCAACUCAGCUACUGGCGGGUUUGUCGACCAGAGUGGUAAGAGCUGUACCAAUGGUGGCGGUACUGUUGUACUGCCUUCGCAUGGCAACAUCUAUGCUCCAGGUGGACAGGGUGUGUACAACGAUCCUCAGCUUGGUUGGGUCCUUUACUACCACUAUGUUGAUACCAACAUCGGUUACGCUGAUGGCGACAAGCGUCUUGGUGUCAACAAAAUCAAGUGGGUCAAUGGAUGGCCUACAGUUUAG